GCCGAUCCCGCUGGCAACUGAAGCGUACCCGGCGUGGUACCCCGGCCGGCCCCCCUCGGAUCCACGGCGAGGAAUCAAGAGCGGAUCGGUUAGUUCACGGUCGCUCGCUGCUCAGGUCGUUCCGUCGACAGACCAUUCGUCAUUUGCAUUUGUCGAGCCGAUCCACGUCACGGAAUUAUUAACUGGCCGCAGUGACUUCCAGCGGCCCUGGUCCUCGGAUUCCGCCGCUCUGCAUCCGCGUGACAUUUUCAGCAACAUCCAGGGGUAGUCAUGUAACCGCUCGUCGUUGCACCCGAGGAAGGACUGGACGAGAUCCUUGAGACGGAUGUCCGCCAUCUUGCGAAGCCCCGGUUGCCCCGAGAAUGUGAUUGGGGAUCGUGGAUGAUCGUGGACAGUACUCCGGUGAACCCGUUCGCGCGAACAUGCGAUCGAGAGUGAACGUAGUCGCGGUUCUAUUGACUCUGAGCUGCGUGGUUCGGCUGCUCGAGACCUCGAGGUCCGCCGUUAGGUACCAAGAGCAGAAUUUGGAGAAGAUCGUCCGCAAGGAUCAUGUCUCUGCUGGGAAGAAGGUGCUUGUCAAGGGGCCGCAGAACAAGGUGACACCGAAUACCGCGGUGCUUUUGUUAGUCGAGGAUAAGAACAAGCCUGUCAAGAAGCAGACGAAGAACAACGACUUGCCCGCGUCGAAGGACUACUUGACUGGAGGUGGGCCGCGACGAAAGAUGCAGAAGAUGGAUCGCACGAUGAUGGCCCUGCUGAUCGCCUACAAGAUGAAGUUCGUCGCGCUGAUCCCGACCAUGGUCGGCGGUCUCAUCCUCUUGAAAGCCACCGCUCUGCUCGCGGGUUUCUUCUUCGCGCUGUUCGCCGCGGUUCUCGGACUGAAGGUCCACUGAAGGUCGAUCGACCAUCGACGGAUCCUCGGGGGGCGGCCGGACGGUCAAGGUCAUGGCAUCGGAUCUCAACGCGUUAGUUAUCGCUGACCAUUAUCGUUUUAUUCCGUAACAGCUCGCAGACCAAACGGCUCGAUCCGUGAUUAAAGAAAAUCAGAGACAAUUCUUUCGAUCGGCAAUUCUUUGGAUCGACGAUAGAUCCCGAGCCGAUCGUUCUACGAUAACUUGCGAUACAUAUAUAUAUAAAUGUGUGUGUAACAUGCAAUGGAGAAUCAUUAAAGUCGUUUUGAUCUUCCUGUUCGA